AUGACCUCAAUAGCUAGGACUUUCAUGGGGUUUACCCCGGCUCUGAUGAACAAAGCCAAGUCUGACAUGCAGGGAACUACCCAAUCAGCCUUGUCCGUCGCCGUCUUGAUUAUCCCCUCUCGCCGGAUGCGACAAGGAUCAGCAGGCGAAAUCAAGGAACAACCAAAACACGCUGCUCGAAAUCAACGCCAUGAGCCAUCGCUAGCAGUAGUAUUUAUCAGACCAGAGCAACUGUCCAUGCCAACUUACCCAACAACUAUAGUCGGCAAGCGGGAACGCCAGAGGGCACCGAAACUGUCAUCAAACGCCGAAAUGCCGCAAAACUUGGUUGAAGAGGCCGAAGGAAAGGAAUUUCCUGAGAGGGUCAGCCAUGAGAAGGAUAUCUGUGCCUUGGGCAACUCGUUCCUCGCCGUGCUCAAUGUAGUGGCGCUCAUUCUAGCCUCCCUCGCAUACAGCCAGAACAAGUCGAAAAAGCCUGCUGAGCUUGCACUCUGCGUAUUGAAUGAUGAGACGGGCAUCUUUGUUCCCCCUAUCUUUGCUUCUGUGUGGCUCAUCAUUAGUAUCAAACGAAAUGAUAGAAGGGCUGUGGCUAAACUCAUCUUUGUGGCGGUUGUUGUCGCCUUCUACUGCCUCCUAUCCUUCGGCUUUGGUGUGGCUUUUGCAAAGCGGUUCAUCAAGAAUGAGGAAUGGGGGCCCAAGAUUACAUUUCGGAUUGCGUCGACUGUGAUCAAUCUGGUAAACGUCCUUGUCGGAUUCGUUAUUCUCUGGUUUCACCAGCGUCUGGGUGCUGCUAUCCCGAGUUAUCCUGUCACGCCAGUCAUAGCCUCCAAUUUUGUCUUUUUCGAGAAGUCCUUUGUAGAGAAGCCUAGUUCGAGACCAGAUCUGUGA